AUGUACGAAGGGAUUGACAACCUGAAAUCCCUUUACGACCGUGCCGGGAAGACUUUCUCCGGCGGUCCUUCUGCGGCACAGGAUGUGUCGCGUCGUACUGCUCGACCAGACCCAGUACGUCAACCAUCAAUUGGGAGCGGGGCUCCCAAGAAUCCCAGGACGGGGGAUAGCCGCGCCACCGGACGAGGUAACUCGUCCGACGUCCGUUCACGUCGCGGUGGUUCAACAGCUGCUCUACUAGAUAGCGCUGGCCACCGCGAGAGUCCUCUAAUGGAGGUGGAGGAGGAGGAAAGACGCUCUCCACACGAUCAUGUGGAUCGGUGUGUUCCCGAGAGCUUCUUUGAUCGCGUAACGCAAGGGUUACGCGACGAUCUCGAGCAUGAGCGGAAUAGGCGUCUCCAGAUGGUGGACACUGCCUCGAAGCAUCGAGCUGAGUUUGCCUUUUGCUCAGCUUGA